AUGAUCUAUCUCAACCUUCUCGUUCUCGAAGCCUCCUUGCGCGCCCAGUACCUCGAGCUCCGAGCGCGGCGCCGACACCAUACUUUCUUUCUUACCCUCCUCACGUUAUGGAUAGCCGCCUUUGGCUACGGCCUGUUUUUGCGCCUAGGGAGGAUGGCGGCCAUGGCGGAUCUGUCUACUGGGGUGUCGAAGUGGCCCAGAAGCUCUUCAUACCGAUACGUUGACCCGGCAAUCCUCCGAGAGGUGGAAAAGGACCUCAACAUCCGUAGCGAUACGCAUACUACCCUCCCCAUCUUGCUAGAGGAUGAGGAGCGGGGCGGGCACGAGGAAGACCUUUCGCCGGGAGGCGAUUACGUCAAGCUCCUUCUCUUGCCCAAAUAUUUUACCGCCAACUUUCGUGAGAAUUGGGAGCUCUACCGCACCGAGUAUUGGGAGAGGGAAAACGAGCGCCGGGCCCUGCUGCGGUCGAAGCUCAAGAGCAAGAGCCGGGAGUAUGCUCGGCAACGUUGGGGCAUCUUUUGGUGGAUGCCGUGGCACCAAGGCGACAUCAACCACUCGUCGAGAAGCGCUACCCCCACCAUCGAGAUGGAGGAUCCCACGGGGCUCAUGAGGAAAGUGAGUUCCGGCUCGGCCACAUCUGAGAAGGCAAGGAAGAGGCUAUCGGCGACAGCCGUCCCGCGCAGGAGACCUGAAUCGAGAUCUGUGACACCUGAUAUCCCGUCUCCGUUGGCACAGGAGAGCCACCUCGGCGAUGACGUAGGGGCGAUGGGAUAUGUGCGUAGGAAGUCAUCCGGGGCCAGCCUAGGGUCAGCCAAGGAAUUCAAGUGA